AUGUCUGUGGUUACUUCAGAACUUGUCUUCUCGUCAGAGACACAAAUUAGUCUUCCUUCACCUCUUGUCGGAGACAUGGACACGACUGAUCUUGACUGUUUUGAUGUGGAGUGUGUGGUGGAGGCGAUCGGAUCAUCAGCCCGGGCCAUUCGGACUAUUCUGAAUCGUCUCCGAAGUACUCCAAAUAUCGUGACACUAUAUGCUAAGUUCACCAACGUGCCGCCGGAUGUGGCAAAGCUGACGCUCCAAAAGGGUUGCCGCCAGAUGUACAAUCCGGACACCCGAGGCAUGAUUGUUACGAUUCCGGGCAAACCCCAUGAUUCGAUCGCGGGUGAGUUCUAUACGGAAUUCGCGAUAGCUGCAUAUCAUGCAAAUUUAGUCAGAAAGUUUUGGUCGCUUGCACGUGGAAGAAUACAAGGCACCCUUUGCUCUAAAGAACCGGAUGGAGCAUGGGCCCCAGAACAACUUCCGCCGGGUCGAAGCGACACUUGGCCUUCAAUUGUUCUAGAAGUCGGAGUCUCGGAGUCGAAAAAGAAACUACGAGCGGACGCCGCCUGGUGGCUAGCGAACUCCAAUGGGCAAGUCCAAGUGGUGAUAUUGAUAUCGGUCAAUCAAACUGUGGCUGUGGUCACAUUUGAAUCCAUUGUGCUCCAGCAACCACCCACAUAUAUAGAGACCCGUCAGUCAAUUGUAGUCUCCCGCACACCGGGUGGCGCGGGUCAACCAAUUACCACGGUGCCUAUUGUCUCGCUCCGCAUUACCGUAGCAGAGCUGCUCUGCCGCCCCCCUAACCCCGGAGAGAUCGACCUGCAGAUUCCUGUGUCUUCCCUGGAGUUGAUCGCGAGUGCUGCAUGGCGUUGGCAAGGCCUUUAA